AUGUCAGGCUCAAGCUCGCCUGCCGUAUCAUCAGCACUUCUGCGUUCUUUGCAGGUGGCUGAAAGAAUCCCAACCAUCAUGAGACUGCACGCGUCGCUGCGCAGCGGCAACAACACGUUGGUGCUCCUCUGCGUGUGGUUCCUGUUCAGUUUGCCGAGUGCGUGUUACGGCCAGUGCCCGUGGGCGCGGGACCUCAAAGAGUUACAGUCGUCGUGCAUAUGCGCGUACAACCUCGGCCACGAACUCUCGGUGCAGUGCGACAUGGUAGACUAUAGCUUGCUGCUGAACGCCCUGGACCGGUACGCCAGGGCGACGCCCAUAGACCUCUUGUACAUUAACAACAGCACCAUCGCCAAGCUGGAGGCCGGCAGCUUGGAGCGGGUCAAGAUCCAGAACCUGCAGAUGUCCGGGUGCCGCAUCCGCGGCGUGCAGGCCGGCGCCUUCCGCGGCCAGGAGGCCUCGCUCAAGAACCUCAACCUGCAGAACAACGAGCUGGGCGAGGUGCCGGUGGAGGCGCUGCGGCCACUGGCGCGCCUCGCGCUGCUCGACCUGUCGCGCAACCGCCUGCGCCGCGUGCCCGACGAGGCGUUCGCGUCGCUCGCCAGCCUCACCACGCUCAAGCUCUCCGACAACAACCUGACGCUGGCGCCGGGCGCCUUCCGCGGCCUCGAGCGCUCGCUCAAGAACCUCAACCUCAAGGGCACCGGGCAGAAGCGCGUGCCCGACGCCGUGCGCGGGCUCAAGACGCUCGCCUUCCUCGACAUGUCGCAGAACGCGCUGCAAGAGCUGGGCGGCGGGGCCGACGGGGAGGCGGACGGCGUGCUGGCCGGGCUCGACUCCCUCGCCGCCCUCAACCUCGAGCGCAACCUCAUCGACCGCGUCGCCGACGACGCCUUCCUCGGCGUCACCGACACGCUCAGCUCGCUCAGCCUGCUCAACAACCUGCUCGCCGUCUUCCCCGCGCGAGCCAUCAACAGCCUGCGCGAGCUCAGGGUGCUGGACGUGGGCUACAACCUGCUGGCGGAGCUGCCGGAGGACGCGUUCGCCGGCACGCCGUCGCUCACGCUGCUGGCGCUGGACGGCAACCUGCUGGAAACGGUGCCGGCGCGCGCGCUGCGCCACCUCAACGCCACGCUGCGCGGCCUCAGCCUGGGCAGCGCGCACCUGCGCUGCGACUGCCGCCUGCGCUGGGUGGCCGAGUGGAUCCGCCACGGCGACCUGCAGGUCACCAGCCGCGAGCGCAACCCGCAGUUCUGCGGCGCGCCCGCGCACCUGCGCGAGCGCAGCUUCUACUCCAUCCGGCCCGACGAACUGAAGUGCGUGAAAGACGAGGACGAGGCGGAGGACGCCCUCCAGCCGGGCCCCACGCACGAGAUCGCCCUGGAGGACGACGACGACUUCGAGCCGGUGAAGCCGGCGCCCGAGAUCACCCUCCCGCAGCCGCCCAGCCCCACCACGCCCCGCACCACGCCCUCCACGACCCCAACGCGCCGCCGCGUCGCGGGGCGCGGUGCCGGCGGGCUGGCCGGCGCGCGGCCCGCCCGCGCCGUGGCGUUCGGGGGCCGUGGCCGGCGGCGGGGCGCGCCCACGGGCCCGCGCCCGCCCCUCGUGCUGGCGCACCCGCACGCGCACGGGGCCCGGCUGCAAGCGGCGAUUGUCCAAGCGGACGCCGCGGGCGUGGGCGCGGGCGCGGGCGCCGGCGCCGCCGAGCGAGAGGUGGUGGUGCGCAGCGCCCACCGCCAGGACAACUCCGUCGUCAUCCAGUGGGACUCUUUCACCUCCAACAUCCUGGGCUUCCGCGUCGUCUACCGCCUCUUCGGAGACGCCACCUUCAAGCAGGGACCGCCGCUCGAGGCCAGCGAGCGCGAGUUCCGCAUCAAGAACGUACCGCCGCAGGAGUGCAUCGUGGUGUGCGUCAUCUCGCUGGAGGACGUGAACAUCACGCCGCAGACGGUGCCGUACGCGCAGUGCCGCGAGGUGCGCACGGUGGCGGCGCCGGGCAGCAACAUGGACAAGAUCACCAUCGCGGCCAGCGCCGCCAUCUGCGGCACCGUCGUCAUCGCCGUGGUGGUGUUCGUGGCGGCGAGCCGGCGCCGCUCGCGCAAGCUGCACACGCUGCAGCAGCACCCGCACGCGGGGGUGGGCGUGGGCGUGGGCGGCGGCGCCAUGACGCUCGCGCCGUCCAAGGGCGGCGGCGGCCUGGCGCGCUGGCGCCUGGGCACGGCUGGCCCGCGCGGCGCGCGGGCCUGGCCGGCUUGCUGCGCGGCGCGCCGGCCCCACCCCCAGCCCCGGCGGCCCGCUCUCCUCGCUCGCCACGCUCGGCGCCUUCACCCCGCACAAGGACUGGGACCAGGUGUCGGUGUACAGCAACCGCAGCAUCCCGCGCCCGCGCGUCUACCACAUGGAGCGACAGGUUUCACUUAUUUAUUAGUAUUUACAUUUCGUUCCAUGAACGCCGGCUGCUCCAUCGACCACCAGGACGGCGGCUCGCACUUCGGCGCCUCCCUCAACGGCGCCAAGGCGGUGAAGACGCGCUCCAUCGCGGACGGCCAGUCGCAGCACAGCUUCUCCAACCACUCGGGCCGCUACACGGGGCCCUACUCCAGCGGACUCGUCAACACACGCCCGGAGAUCCGGCAGUCACGGCAGUCGCUGGCCGCCGUGUCGGACCACCUGUCGCGCGUCAGCUACACGGCCAGCCACCAGGCGCACCCGCACGCGCACCAGGCGGCGGCCGCGGCGGCGGCGGCGGCGCACCAGGGCGCGUCGCGACGCCAGCGCUCGCGGUCCCGCUCCCGCGACCACGGCGGCGGCGGCGGCGGCGGCGGCGGCCCCAGGCCGUCCAGCCGCUACAGCACCGCCGGCUCCACCAACACGCUCAACUACCUCGAGCCCACCGACUGGACCGACCACGACAUGGACAUCUACAUGGCGCGCAACACCACCACGCGCGGCGGGCUCGUGCCGCUGUGAGGAGCCGCGCCCGGCACCCGACGAACAGAAGCCCGAAGCGGCCUCGGCACCGGUCGCGAGGCCGCCGAGCUCGAUCGCCAACGCCUGCCGGGGCGCUGCAAGUGAUUCGACCCAGGACCGGCACCCGCGGCCAGGCCCGCGCGGUCGACUCCACCUUUCUGUGUCUUUGAACGUCUGAACGUGCGCGUGAGAAGAAGUCGACGCAAAGCCACACUAAGGCAGCUGUGACACUCACUAUAUCUAAACCAACAAUCAAAUUAACUGAAGCGACCAAGCAGGAUUACACUAAGGCGAAACUAAAUUCUUUUCAAAUGUAUUUACUCCUGAGGUUCCUCAGAAAAAAUGCAAAAUGCAUUUGAUUUACAUUUAAAUGCCAGCAUCAUCGCCACCUAGGCAUCCAAUUCAGAUAAGACACAUCCAAUACAUAUAAGAUAUUUUAAGGCCGAUCCAACUUUACCAAACUAGUGGUCUGUUCCGAAUGCCGGUAUGCGAGUAAGCGGCUCCACCAAAGCGAGGGAUGGCACAGUUUUAGAAAAAACAAAUUAUAUAUUGACGCUGCAGUACACUACAAUUCAAACCCGGGAUACAACAACUAUUGUAUAAACUAUGCCGAAAAAUCAAGAAAGUAAAUGAGUGGUACAUUCUCGUUUUCCUGUCUUGAAAGUACGUAACAUGGGCAAACAUGAAUUAUGACACCAAUGUCUCCCGAUUAAAAACGUAUGAAGGUCAAGAGAUUAAUCAAAGGAAAUCAAUUUUUUUAUAAUAUUUAAUUAAUACAUAUACAGUGCUCAGAACAUUUCAGUUGAUUUUACUGAUUAUUUCUUGAUUAAAACUAGUCGCUUUUCGAUGCAUUGCAAUUUAUAGAUAAGCGGAAAUAAAACUGCCAUCCCUCACUCAGGCUCAGCGCCAAGGAGUUGGGCUCGAUCUUUGUGGUGCCGACCUACUAAGCAGCUCGACUCACGCCCGGAUUUAGAGCUAAGCACCCAAGCCAGUGAACACAGCGCUCCCACGUAUCGCAAAAUCAUUUGUAACCCAGUUUUAUAGUAGAUAUGAACCAAUUCGAGUUUGUGCUGUAGGACCUACACCAUUCUGUGUAUAAUAUAACGCAACGCUUUGACUGGAUGAAUAAAUCAUAAUUUAAAUCAUCUGAAUUAAUUUUGUUCGUGAACGAAGAAAUUAGGGUUAUUGCAAUACUGGGUGCAUGCAGUAUUUAGGGGUAAGCGCAAAAUCAUUAGAUUCGAUUAGUUGUCUAGGCGUAUUUAUUAUAUUUCACACCAAGCUUCAUCGAACUAGAAUAAUUUUGACGCACUUAUUGGUGCCUUGCUAUAUGUCCAGGAAACAGUAUCGGGCAUGGCUCGGCCCGGUGUUUGGAAAUUAACAGCCGCUAAACGCUACUACCCCAACAUCCAAUUGGACAACUGCUUUCGUCUUGUAGCGGGGCAGCGGGUAGUGCCUCUAAAUUCGAGUAGCAUUUAAGGGAACUAAUUCAACGUUGAAAUAACUACGUGGUUAUUAUGGACCACCAUUUUUUAUUGGACGACAGAUUUUUCUCUGCAGUCAUGUCAUUUCUCUUCGUAGGUAUUCUUCUCCGCCAAUUUUUAUUCUCAUGUAGGUCUUGGUCACUACUAAUCUUCUUUUUUUUUUUUUUCGUUGAGUUGUAGGUGUUACUAUAUGUUCAGUAAGGUAUAGCUGGAAAAUAAGUACUUCUAAAGAGAACGAUAGCUGAGCACGAAAAUUACAGGACACCUAGAAACGGGAUACAUCGAAAAACACAACAGAAUAAAUACUGUAUUGUCGCAUUGUUAACACUCAAAGCUACCCGGUAAACCAAUCACUAUUACUUGUGGAGUUAACAUGAAAGCGCUACUAGCUAAUCGGACCAAACCGCAGAGCAAUGGAUUUUAUGAUCAAAACGAUUUUUAGAUCAGCGGACACUUGAUGGAAAUGAAUGUUCACAUGGUAAGAUGAAAAGAAAAAUAGGAGCCUGCAGACAAUAAUGUAUUUAUUUCAAAAAGUUUCAACUCUUUCACUCUUAAAAAUGGUAACAACUGUUUAUAAGCCUUUUUAAUGCACGCUCAUUAUUAAAACGUACAAAUAAAGGCUGAAGGAACUUAAAGUGCCUUGAAUAGUUAGUCAUUAAAGAGUAACCUAAUGACAAAAUUUGUGGCACAUGCAAUGUAAUUGCAAUUGGAACUGUCGACAUGUCAGCAGUCUAGCUAUAGAUUUAGUUACUUCAGAACUUAAGGACUACAAGAGUAAGUGUGUUGUGAGACAUCCUUCCAAACGGUUGUUUUUCUGUUUUCUAUUAGAAUCUUGUAUAGAUAAUUUUUCAAUGAAUAUGCAAGAAAGAGAAGUUGAACCCAAGAGUGCAACGCAGAAAGUGACUAUUUUAAGAGCAUAAACAGAUGUACAGACACACAGAUGUGUAUACUUCCACUUGUACUGUAUUUAUGUACACAACUGUAUAUGUGUAUUGUACCAAUGAAAAUAAUAUAUUAUUUAAGGAAAUAAAAUUGAAUCAUACAGUAA